CUCAGUAUUCCCCUGCUUGCUGAAACUAUCCCAAAACCUAAAGAGCAACGCCUAAAAUGUCUUUUCUUUAACCCUUUUUCAUUUUUCAUUUGUAACCUAGAGAAGAUGGGUAAGAACAAUAAGAUAGGAAGUGUCGUACGGAUCCGUCAGAUGCUGAAACAAUGGCGUAAGAAAGCUCACAACAGCGAUCCUGUUUCAGAUGUACCUCCUGGACACGUCGCGGUUGCUGUUGGCGUGAAUAGGCGGAGAUACGUCGUACGUGCGAAACAUCUGAACCAUCCGAUCUUUCGAAGGCUUCUCGCGGAGGCUGAGGAGGAGUAUGGAUUCUCCAACGUUGGUCCUUUAGCGAUCCCUUGCGAUGAAUGGUUGUUCGAGGAGAUCAUUGGAGUCCUGAAUAGGUCCGAGUCCGAGUCAUGCGGCCGGAGAUGCAUGCACGUCGGGAUGGCUAAGAACUUGGAGUAUUUAUGCGAAUCUCUUCCCCUGCUUCCUGCUAGUGAUGAAAAAUAUGUAUGCUAGUUGCGGCACAUGGAAUUUGCAAACCAAAGCUUUGGUUGGAGAGAAUUUUUCAGUCUCUAAUUAGAGAGAUAUGGUUUUUAUUUUGUUUCGAUUUUUGAAGUUUUUAUUCUAUGUUUUUCGUUUGCUAAUUUUAUGAUGUUUGACUGGGAAAUUAAUUAAGUCGAUGAAAAAUU